UUGUUGGACUUGAUCAGUGAUAUUGUUGAACUAUCUUACUUAUAAAAAUUAUGUGUCGAGCUAGAAUAGUUAAGUGUGUUGCAUUAAUCCCUAAAAUAUCGAUAAUUUGCUGCUAAGCAGGCGACAUAUUAUUUUAUAAACGCACUGACACUUUUUAAAUCCAAUGCGGUAAUGCAAUUCAUUGAAUUGAAAACUACCGUUUGAAUACAUAAUUUUGUUCAAUAUUCAUUGACAUUCAUCACGGAGAGACUUACGCCUCUACAAUGUUUAGAAAUCGUACAAUUGUAUUACGAAAAUCGACGCUCUGUGAAAAGUGUUCUUCGAUCGCUUAGGCUAACUUGUGGUGUUUAGCGGUGAGGCCCAUUUUUGGCCUAAAGGCUACGUAAAUAAGCAAAUUUGGCGUAUUUGGGUUGAAGAGCAACCCGAAGCCAUUAAAUGCAUUGAAAACAACCGUCUGGUAUGGCCCAUGGGCUGGAGACAUCAUCGGCUCAUAUUUCUUCAAAGACGAGGCUGGCACCAAUCUAACACUAAAUGGAUAACGCUAUCGCGCUGUGAUAAACGACUUUUUGAUGCCGGUUGCCGGAAAUUCAAGGGCGUGAUCUCCACAACAUUUGGUUCCAACAAGACAGCCGUCACUACUUGGCAUCGAUCCCAUCAUACAAUGGAUUUGCUGCAUCGUCGUUUCGGUGAGCAAUUUAUCUUUCGUCUCGGACUAGUGGAUUGGCCACCAAGAUCGUGUGAUAUUACAUCUUUGGAUUUUUAUUUGUGGGGGUAUAUAAAGUUUAAAGUCUAUGUGGAUAAAUCGGCUUCGAUUGAGGCAUUGGAAGCCAACAUUACUAAAGAUAUUCACGAGAUACCGACCGAAAUCCUCCAGCGAGGCAUUCCAAAUUGAUGUUUACUGAUGACCGGAUUAUGGCGCAGUUACGACUAACAUAUCAUGAUUGGUUCUACACAAAAAUAAUAUAGAUUGCACAAUUAAUUUGAAUUUUAAAAUUAAUUUUUUCCAAACAAAUAUUUUCAUCACAAGUUAACAUUUUUCUAUAAAAUUCCACAAAUUUCAAGCCUUUCCAAUGGGUGAUAAAAAAAAAGAAAUGAAAAUUUGGAGCAACGGACUUUGCAGUUGAUAAGCAUUUACCUUUUAUGGCCCUUCUAAUCAAUUUUUCUAGUACUAAAGUAAUUUAUGAAGCUACUGAGUUCUUAUCGACGGUUAUAAUAUUUUUUUUUCUUUCCUUUAUAUAAAUUCAUCAUCAAUUUUGUUGGAUUAUUUAAUAAUAAAGAUUUAUUGCUAACGGAAAGUAAAAUUGUCUGUCUGUUUCCGAUAUGGAUUCUCUCUCGUUCAAAAUAAAUCCAUCACCUUUUUGUAUGAAGAAAGUGAAAUAUGCAUAUGGCUUAAAAUAUCUGUAAUAAAAGUAUGCGAAGAAAGACUUAAGAUGUAUUAAAUUAAUCGUAAUAUUUAUGUAUAUAUGUAUGUAUUUGUGAAUAAUCAGAAGCAUGAAUUUUAUACAUAUGUACUUGCAGAUGUGUGUGUAUGUUCUUUAUAUACAAUCGUACAUUUUAACAUUCGCUAAAUAUUUGGAAAGAGCAGAGCCUCUGUUGAGAUAAGACUCUGCACUGUACGCGAUUUUAGUAAACAAUAACUCCAAUACACGGACAAAGCGAAAAUUUCAGGCUGAAGAGUUCGAAAGUAUUGUUGUCAAUACCAUUUUGUUAUAGUUUUGAUUUUAAUUGGGUGUGUGGCAUUAAUUUAAAAGAUAUUUGUAAAAUUAUCAGAAAUUUCUUUACGACUUAAAGUUUUGUAACUAUUGCCUAGGUAAGGUGCUUUAAAUCUCCUAUGCUUCUCUGAAAACAAUACUUUUAUAGAAUGUUUAUGUCUAUCAAAAACCCAAAAUUCACAUCCCAAACAAUACUUAAUCGUCAACAUGCAAGAAAGUACACACAGGCUUCAAAACUCAAAAUACACACACAUGUACAUAUAUACAUACAUAUGUACAUUCAUGUAUAGUUCAAUACAUACACCGGAUACUUUCAAAAGAUUUAGGUUAAUGAGUACUCUGAAUUUUAAUACUUAUAUUAAGGUACAUAUGUAUGUAUACUUUCGGUAUAUACCCCAUACAUAAAUAAAUACGUAUGUAUGUAUGUAUACUUUCGGUAUAUACCCCAUACAUAAAUAAAUACGUAUGUAUGUAUGUAUGUACUUUCUUUCCAUCCUGAGCUCAAUUACUUACUAGACUUGAGAUGCAAAUAUAAUUUUUCUGAAAAAUAUUUACACAAAUACAUAUGCAAAUACGCAUAUACAUAUUUAUGUGUGCAGAUAUACAAACCAAUUAAUUAACGCUCAAAACAUUUUUUUAGUCAGUGUUUAACUGACAACGCGCUAGGAUGCACCUUAAUUUUUUUCUUUUGUUCAUAACGGUUUUACUUUACGUUUUGCUUACUGGAGCAGUUGCAGGCGAUACCAAAGAGUUUGAUGAUGCAUUAAUCGUUGAUUUACCUAAUGGCAGAAUACGCGGUCGAGAUAAUAACUAUUUUUACAGUUAUGAAUCGAUUCCGUAUGCAGAGCCACCACUUGGACCAUUACGAUUCGAGCCUCCAAGUCCAUACACUGAGAAAUGGUCGGAUACGUUUGAUGCAACACGCGAGCCCAUCGAGUGCAUGCAAUGGGAUCAGCAUAAGGCUGGCGUAAAUAAACUUCAUGGCGUCGAAGACUGUCUCACUGUGAAUGUUUAUAAGCCAAAAUUGCGUCCCGAUGCUUCAAAUACGCAAGGUUCAUUUCCAGUCUUGGUGUUUAUUCACGGCGGCAGCUUUAUGAUGGGUUCAGCGCGCGCCAAUGGCCAUGAACAUUUUAUGCGUAGUGGACGAGUAAUGGUUGUUAAAAUGAAUUAUCGUCUAGGACCAUUAGGUUUUCUUAGUACCGAGGACACAGCUAUUUCGGGUAAUUUCGGAAUGAAAGAUCAACGUUUGGCGCUGCAGUGGAUCAAGGCGAAUAUUGCACGUUUUGGUGGUGAUCCAGAUCGUAUCAUGGUGACGGGUUUCUCCUCAGGCGGCGCUGCUGUGCAUUUGCAUAUUUUGUCACAACGAAAUUUUACCAAAUAUGCUCGCGUGGCGGCUUCGAUUAGUGGUGUAGCAUUUAAUCCAUGGGCAAUUAGGCACAAGACGAAGGCGCACGCGUUGGAAUUAGCCAAGGGUCUUAAUUGUCCAAAUGUAAGUAGUUCACAGUUGAUUAAAGAAUGUUUGCAACGUAAACCGGCCUCCGCAAUUGUGCGUAGUGUCCAAAAUUUUCUGGUUUUCGGCUAUAAUCCUUUUUCCACAUUCGGUCCAAGCAUCGAAGAUGCAGCAGUUAAGGAGGCAUUCUUAACGCGCUCACCUCAAGCGAUAGCGGAAUCGGGUGAUUUUGCGCAGUUGCCUUGGUUGGUGUCUUAUACGGCACAGGAUGGUGGUUAUAAUGCUGCGGAGCUGCUACAACGCAUACCCCGCAGAGAGGAGUUAAUCGAAGCUCUCAACGAUCGUUGGUAUGAUUUAGCGCCAUAUAACUUGUUCUACAAGGAUACUAUGCAGAAUGUAGAGCAGAUGGAUGAUUACUCGGUAGAAUUGAAACGCCGCUACUUAGGCGAUCAAGAAUUCUCAAUUGACACUUAUUUGAAUGUGCAGCGAAUGUAUACGGAUGUGUUAUUUAGAAAUGGAGUAGAGCAAGCAAUUCGUUUGCAUCGCAAACAUGGACGUAGCCCAGUUUAUGCAUAUGUUUAUGAUAAUCCGGGGGAGGAGGGUAUAGGAACAGCAUUAUCAGGUCGAAGAGAUGUAAAAAUGGGUACUGUUCAUGGAGAUGACUUCUUUUUGAUUUUCAAUAAUACGGUGAGAUUUAAAAUUCGGCCUGACGAGCAAAUAAUUUCACACAAGUUCGUUAGAAUGUUGGAAAAAUUCGCAUCAAAGAGUGACGAGUUAACGUUUGGGGAUUGCCAAUUCGUUGAUAAUGUUGGAAAAAAUGAAUACCAACUUAUGUUUAUUACCAAAGAUUCCUGCCAAAAUAAGCAAGUUACAACACUGCCGUCGUUUUAAAAUUUACCAAUAAAAAAAACAGAUACAAACAAUAUUUUUAUUUUGUAGA